AUAUUUCCACAUGUUUUUCAUAUACAAUUUUAGAUUUGAAAAGAAGAUUCUAGAUCAUCCUUUCCCCCUUAAAUUACGUUGAGAAAGUUGAUUAAAAAACUCAUUCUCAAGGUCCAAAGUAAAAUUUACCCUACUUUUGUAAACUUAAGAAUUUUGGCCUUUCGUUAUCUCAUCCAUCUGCAAUUUUACAAAAUUACUCUUAUUUCUUCUUCUUCUUCUUCCUCUAGUAUUCUUUUUCUCCGGUGUGACCAACAUCAACAAGACCACCACCAGCUCCGAUGAAUCUAUACGAGCAGCUCCGAUCGUCAUUGUCUUCUUCUUCUCUCCCUCUUUUCAAAUUACAUUGCAGAACAAGACCAAAGAGCGAGAUUGUGAGAGAAAGGGAGAGAAGAGAGCAAUCUGUGAGAGGAAAGGGACUGCAAGAGCAAGAACGCCCAUUCCAUGUGUACAAAUUUCAUUUUUGAUAAUUUCACAGAAUUUGACGUUAGAACAUGGUUAAAAAAAAACAAAAAACAAAAAACAAAGUGGGACAAAUCUCAUUUUUUUCCCAAAAUUUAGAUCAUCCAUCCAAUAAACUCAAUUGCCUCUCACAAUUUUGCUACAAAAUAAAGUAAAAAAGUGUUACCAUUUAUUUUAAAUCUUAAAAUUUAUAGAACUUAAACUGCCCUUCUAUGGAAAAUUUCACUUCAAUGUCUAAUAGUUAAAUUAAGGAGGACAAUCAGUGAGUAUGACUCUCCAAGCUCGUUCGAUUCAUACCACUUGUUUUUGUUUGUUUGUUUUUGUUUUUCUUUAUUUUUUAGACAAGGAAAAUUUUACUGAUUAGAACUAACAAGUCCAUGGGCAACAACAGAACAAUCAAGUUUGUAAGCCUCUAACAACCGAACCAACUAGGAAAGUCAAUAUAUAAUGCACAAAUGAAUUAGCACACCGAAGAAUUGAUACAACUUUGUUCAAUGUAAACACAUCACAAAGAAAGUUGCAUAGCACCAUAAAUUUAACUAUUUUAUACAACUUUUAUAUUCUCCAAUGAAGUAAUAGUUAACUCACUUCUAAGAUAAUCAGUUACAUCAUCCCUUUUUCCUUUUAAUAAUGACAAGUAAGAAUUCUUCCAUCUAUUGAGAACCUUUAAUUUGAAGAAAGUGAAGCCAAACCUACCAUAUUGUAAAUAUUUUGGUCUACAUUAGCAUUAUCUAUAAGUUUUGUUAACAUAUUCAUCUCUCUUUCUUUUUAAUUAAUUUUUUUUAAGGAUGUUGUUGCUUUUAUUUGAUCACUUACCAUAUAAAGUAAGUAAAAGACUAAAUUUGACUAUUUGAAAGAUGUACAACUACAACUAUAAUUGGAAUGAACCCAAAAUACAAGAACCAAAGUACUAUGUCAAUUAAGGCCAUUACUGACUAAAGUGAGGGAAGGAAAGGCAUUGUAAACUUAAAAAACCAUAUGAACCAACCUAGGACAUCAAAUCUUACCCAGACAAAGCUUUUGGCUGGAGCAUUUGCCACUGGUUCAAAACCAAAGUGACAGCUUACUUUAACUUUUGAAGCUGAAAGAAAGAAGGGGGGGAAAAUGGAAGAGUAAUAGAAAGAUUUUGUGCUCAGAAUCAGCAUUUAUUUAUAUUGUCUAAUCUUUGAUUAGUCAGGGAUCAGGUACCAUUACAGGGUAAUUUUUGUCUCUGUUCAUUUCUUCUCAAUUAAUAAUGCAAUCCCAUUUUCUUCUAAUUAUUAUCUAGCCCAUCUCACCCUCUUUAAGCUUUAUGUAUAAUAUACCCAUCUUUUGCUGUUAAUUUUCUUGUCCAUAUUCUAAUUCUACUAAAAAUCUCUCUUUUACUUCUAUUCAAAUACCCCCACCUCCCCUCUAUAAUCUUCUUCCUCCUCUCUUGUUUGGCCACCAGAAGAAAAUUCUUUCUGGGAGUUCUCAGUUUCUAACAGGGGGCUUGGGUUUUCAGUUCUUUUGAUGUUUUAUCCUGGUUUCUCUCAGAAGGUCCGCCAUGGGAAACCAAGCUUUUUGCAGCCAUGGAUACUAUUCUUUGACCUUCUCUUGUAUUUUAGUUUCUUGAGUGAGUAGUAAGAUGCUUUGAAACUUCUUUAGAAUCCUAAAAGCUGUUUGAUUUAACUCUCAAAGAAUCAUCAUUAAUCGUCCUUUCUAGUCGAAGGCAGAUCAGGAAGAAUCAAAGCAAAGCCCCUUUUUUACAAUUGAGCUUUGAUUAAGGUCCGGAGAAGAAAGAGCUAGAAGGUGGGAACAGAGAACACAAGGAUUUGAUUGGUACAUGAGCGGAUAUGAAUUGUCUACUUUCAAUCUCGCUUGUGAUCACUCUUCAAAGAAUUAUAGGGUUCUGAAUUAUCAAGUUUCACUGUGGAAUUUCAUCAAACAGGUUCAAGAUCUAAAAGUAAAAUUACCUGACAGAAUCAGUCCUGUUGUUGUUUUGAAGUAAUUAGCAUCUCCUAUGACGAUGGAGUCCAAUCAUCACCGUCCCCGUCCCCACCGCCUCCUCCUCGACGCCGACACCACGGCGGCGCCGUCCAAUGGAAGCAGAACGCGAAAUUCAUAUAGCAACGAAGCCAAUUUCGACACGAACAUGGUGAUAAUUCUUGCUGCGUUACUCUGCGCCCUGAUUUUCGCUUUAGGACUGAAUUCGAUUGUCCGUUGCGCACUUCGCUGUAGCCGGCGGUUCGCCUUCGAGACAGGCGGCGGCACAGCCUCGCGCCUCGCCGCUACAGGGCUGAAGAAAAGCGCAUUACGCCAAAUUCCAGUCGCCGUAUACGGGUCGGAAUCGGGUCUAAAGAUACGAGAAACGGAUUGCCCUAUUUGCCUCGGAGAUUUCAUCGCCGGUGAGAAAAUCAAAGUACUCCCCAAAUGUAACCAUGGAUUUCACGUUCGAUGUAUCGAUACCUGGUUGGCUUCCCACUCGUCGUGUCCGACAUGUCGUCAAUCACUGCUCGAACAACAGUCGGCUUCUGAAUCGGCGGAAGCUGAAGCCGGUAACCCACCCGCCGGAAAUUCAUCGGCUAGCGGCCAAGGAAGAGAAGCAGAUAUGUCAAACUCAAUCGGUAUACUCAAUGCUCGAUGGCAUGCUCGGAAGAUAAGCAGAUAUGCCAAACUCAACCGGCAUAAUCGAUGCUCGAUGACAUACUCGAUGCUUGAUGGCAUGCUCGAUGGUACUCGGCGCUUGAUGGUACUCAAUGGUUUUUUGUUCGAUUCAGCCCAAUUUUGAGCAAUGGAGGUCCGGUUCGGGUCCAGAUUCAGGGCGAUUCAAGCGAUCCAAAAGUGUUUUAGAUCCAGUUUUGGUUAUUAUUGUAAUAAUUAGACCUUUGUUUGUUUGAGAAUGUCAAAACUAAACCAUAUCAGU